AUGCACGCGCGAGCUCCGAUGGCAGCCAGCCAGCAUUUGCAGCUACGCAACAUCAUCAGCUUCGCUCCCGAAAUAGAACAAAGCAACAGAUACGUUAUCGUAGCUCCGGCCUGGGAAAACUCCGUACGUACGCCGCAACAGCGUUUACCCGCACACGGGAAUCUGCUCGAACGUAGCAAUUUGUUAGAAAUACGUUCACGAAAGCUCGAUCCGUGUAUGGCGAGGCGCUCGAAAUGUGAAGCUCCGUUGAUGAACGUAGAAAGAGAAGGCAACUUUAUAACAAACUGGACUAUAUCCGUCGACUUGUUCAACCAGUUGCAGAAAAGGAAAACCGAGCCAGCGCGAGUUAAAACGGCUAUCGAUAAUUUUGAUAAAUGUAUUGUCGAUGUGAGAAAUAAAAUUGAUGACAUGAUAAAUGAAGCCAAAAGUAUUUGCACUGAACCCCAAGGCAACAAAAGGAGACGACGUAAUAAUAGCAGUCACGAUGACCGAGUUGCCCUAUUAGAAGUAUGCGACAAUAUACGAUAUAUUAUACCCACUAUUUGA